AUGGGCCAGUACUGGAGGUUAAUCAACAUCGACAGGAGGCAGAGUAUAAGCUUCGAAUGUAUGAAGCUCGGCGAGGUGAUGUUUUGGCGUGAUCCGGACCGACUAAUCUGGUUGCUCGCCACCCCUCGCAAGCCCAAGCCGUAUCAGCGCUCUCUCGAACGCGGCCACAGCAAGGAUCCGCGUGAUCUGGGCGCGCUGAAUCUUCCCUUCGACGUUUUGGAUCUCAUAUUCGAGCAUAUCGCACUCGACAACAUCUUAGAUGCUGCCUACCUCGCGCUCACCAACUCGUUCCUCCGGGUCAUCGGCGGGAAACGCAUCUACGAGGGAAUGUACGCCUACAGUGCGCCGUGGAGCCUGGACCGUCUCAUCUGCGUCGGCGACUACCUCAGUGGCGAUGACCUGCCUCCCGACAUCCUAAAGGAGGACGAGGAGGAGUCGCUCAGCGGCGACUGCUCCGAGGAAGAGGACGGUGAGGACGGCGCACGCCUGUACAACGCGGCCAAGACCUGGCUCGACGACGACGUUGCGGCUAGACACUGGGAUAGGAAGUUCUCAUGGUCCGACACGAGAGUCCGGCUGUCCCAUGCCGAGGACAGCGAGCUGAACGACUUGGUCGAGCUCGACUACUCGUGGGAUGGGACGCCCGAGACCGAGUGGAUCCUGUGCAACUGGACGCUCGCGCAGUACGUGCGCGCCAGCGCCGUCGCGAAGCUCACCGGCACGAGGUGUCACGGUCCCUGGGCAAACAGGUUUCUCGGCCUCGGACACGUCCUCCUCACGCAGAUCUGCUGGUCGUCGGACGAUUCGGUCAGCAUGCGUUAUGAAGGACCCAUCCACCGCGGCAGCUGGGCCGGACACUACGUUGCCAUCACCACUGUGGACCAAUUGACGGAGAACCGCAGCUUCGCCGACAAGAAGGACUGGACGGACGUGACCGAGGUUUUGGAGAUAUGGCGAGCUGAUAACCCUGAAACACUGGCACCGCACCUACGUUCUGAAGACUACGUCAGCGACAAUACUAACACAGACGAGGAAGAUCUACAAGACCAAGAGGAGAGCAAGCCGGACGACUCGGAUGCAAAGCAGGUGGACUCGGACGCCGCGUUGGAAGACGCUUCAGGUGACGAGUCUCAAGAAGCCGACAAAUCGUGA